AUGUCUGACUUUCCAAAGGCGAGUUUUUCACAAGAGCCUCGUGAAUCCAAAGAAUGUGUGUUGUCGAUUGCGGACGAUCUGGAAGGCAAGUUUAUAUGCCUACAGAAGGACUGGAAUGUCGCAUGUCUGCUGCGUGUAGGCGAGCUUAACAAGCAAGGAACUGUAACACCCAUCGACACAAUAGGGCUCAACGAUGGGGAUUUUGUGGAAGUUGGUGCUGAAUUGGACUUUGUGAUCCACAGAGACCGCAGCAGGCAGACGAAUCUGAAAGGGUUUCUGACUUGUACUUACAUGGUGCACUUGGUACCAAAGCAGCACAUUCAGAUUGAACCUCAGAACAACAAGCGUGGUGCAUCACCGACUGUAGAAAGGCCGAUGAAGAAGAUCCACACCACAAUAGACUUUGAUGAUGACGGUAGUGUAUAA